AUGUUCUGCGAAGUGAGGCUGACCUUAACCCAAACCGCUUCAAUUGUAGUAAUUAGUUCGUUGGAGCUUACGCAGGAGGCGCAUUCGUUGGAAACAGCGAUGAGCACACCACCACCGCGACGCAGCCAGAUAAACAUCGUCCAAUUUAGUCAUGAGCCCCCUGGUGUUCUGAUAGUAGUGUUUUGCGGUGAAUUUGUUAGGCGUCCAAGAGUGUCAUUUUUGUGUUUUUUGGGGCAGAAUGGGAUGCUGGACAGUUUUGAAACGGAGGGAACAUUCACUUGAAAUUUUUUUUAAUGCUGCCGUUCAUUCGCUCUUCGAAACAAAAAGGUACAUCGAUAUCCGGGAGCGAAUUCUGUGUGGAUACUAGAUGGUGCUCGUAUCCACUGUGAUCAGAACAUCGUAUUGUAUUUGCGAUCAAUCGGAAUCAUUCCAGUUUUUCUUCCCCCAUACUGUCCUUUUUAUAAUCCGAUUGAAUUGGUAUUCGGAAUCACGAAAAAUUCAAUAAAGCAAACCUACAAUGAAAACCGAAACGAAAAUCUAUCUCAUGUAGCCAUAUCUACGUUCUCAGCAUUUUCUUCUUACGAUUGUACUAAAAUUUUCCGGCACUGUGGGUAUCUACCCGGGGGAACGUUCAAUCCUACAGUUGGUUUGUCUAAAACCAUCGAAAACCUAAAUUUCGAAUCUAAUAUGAGUGAGUAA